AUGCAGGAGGCGGAAGAUGCUUGUAGUGCUAUGAACGGUUUCGAAAUGCUAGGCGCGACAUUAAAAGUAGAGUUAUCGAGAAAACGUGAUGGGCCCCGCAGAGGUUUCCGCGGCGGCGGUGGCGGCGGCCGCGGAAACUUCGGCGGGCGAGGCGGACGCUCAUUCGGAGGCUCCGGCGGUGGCAGCAGACCCUACAACAACAGCUACGGUGGUGGUGGCGGCGGCGGCGGUGGCCGCUCCUUCAACCGUAAUGGGUAUGGUUCGGGCAACAGGGACAAUGGCAGAUCUAGGUCGCCGCUCGGACUUAGAGAUUAUGUUUAUCUUUAA